UAUGACUGGUAAGGGGAAAGAGUUAGCAGAUAUGAUGGAGAGAAAGAAAGUUGAUAUAUUGUGCGUGCAAGAGACUAAAUGGAAGGGGAGUAAGGCCAAGUGGAUCGGAGGUGGUUUCAAAUUGUUCUAUCAUGGUGUGGAUAGGAGGAGAAAUAAAGUAGGGGUUAUUCUGAAGGAACAGUAUGUCAAGAGUGUUUUGGAGGUGAAAAGAGUGUCAGACAGAGUAAUGAUUAUGAAGCUGGAAAUUGGAGGUGUGAUGAUGAAUGUUGUUAGUGCAUAUGCCCCGCAAGUUGGGUGUGCGAUGGAUGAGAAAAAAGAUUUUUGGAGUGAGUUGGAUGAAGUGAUGAACAGUGUACCCAAGGGAGAGAAAGUGGUGAUUGGAGCGGAUUUCAAUGGUCAUGUUUGUGAAGGGAACAGAGGAGACAAGGAGGUGAUGGGUAGGUAUGGUGUCAAGGAGAGGAAUGAAGAAGGUCAGAGGAUAGUGGAUUUAAAAGGAUGGACAUGACUGUGGUGAAUACGUAUUUUAAGAAGAGGG